AUGAACCAAGCCACCGAUUAUUUUGCCAUGAUUCCUAGUGCUACAGAUACAAUAUACUGUCAGAACACUGUACUGAUCUAUAGUAUUCUUUCGCAAAAAUUUGAGGUGGAAAUCAUUUCUGAAACCACUAUAAAAUCUGUGCGAUUGACGAGUAACAGAUUAAUAGUUGUAACUGAGGACAAGAUAGAUAUUUUUAAAUUUCGAACAGGCAUUAGGCACUUGGCGAGUUAUAAAACCUAUCCAAACCCGAUGGGACUAUGCGAAAUCACUCCUUUAAUAAUUCCUGGAAAAAACUUCAUUGUAUAUCCUGGGAUUACAAUUGGAAGCAUUUAUUUCAUGGAAAUUACAGCUGAGCUGGAGAUAUAUUUUAGAGGUUUGAGUACCACGGGAAAAAUCGAUGCUCAUGAUGAAGAGAUUUCUUGCUUAGCUAUUAAUCCAACCGGCGCACUCAUAGCUAGUUCAAGUUCUAAAGGAACUUCAAUUAGAAUCUGGAAUAUUCAUCUUAAAGUUAUGGUUGCCGAACUAAGCCUUGGGCCAAAUACAGCGACAUUAUCAUGCAUGAAUUUCAGCCCAAAUUCAGAAUUUGUAUGCUGCUCGAAUGCCAAGGGAAAAAUUCAAGUAUUUAAAUUGAUAAAAUCUAAUUUAAACCGCCAGUCUAGUUCAUCGCAGACGGCUUUGGCCUCUUUUACAUUAACUUCAGAAACGGGAUGUAUUUGCACUUUUUCGAAUCGAGAUACUGUUGUUGCGAUCUCCCUUGAUGGUAUUUAUCGUAUAUUAAAAUUGUCCAAUGAUGGUAUUAGUUGUAUUCAAGAGCAACGACUUACUUUCUUGAGAAGACCAAGAAAUUAA